UUUAUAUUUAUAAUGUAGAUGAUCUUUUAUACAGCAACAACAUCUAAGAAAUAAAAAAAGCAUUAGUAUGUGUACUUGAAUGAGACAAUCAUGUUGAUUCUAUUUAUUUUUUUUUGGUAAAUAGGUAUCAAAUAUACGAAGUAAGUUUUAUUUUUGUUUGUAUUUUGAUAUUUAUUAUAUUAGCCUGUUUAUAUUGAUGAGGAUAUCGAUUUAUUAAAUAGAACAAUAUAAAUUAGAAUAAAAAUUAGGAGAAGUAAUAAAUAAUUAUGAUUGUUUCAACAAAGGAGAUAGAGUAGUACAAAUAGUUCCUUUAGUAUGGGAACCAAACGAUAGAAGUAAGCAACAGAUUAAGAGAUAAUUAAUGAUUAUAUUAUAUAUGCG